CGUUACCGGAAGUGUGAAACAAGGAAAGGAAAAAGGUCAGCAGUUGACAGGAUAGCUUAGCUUGCUGGCUGCUAACAAAGAGACGCGGGAGUGAUCAACACAUCGCUAAGCAGAGAUCAAGUACUUGACUGAAGAAGAUCUUCCCCAUGAGCAACAGGAGUGGAGCUCCAGGAUGGAGCAGGAGCAGCCCCAGCUCCCUCUCAUUAAAAAGGAAGAGGAAGAGACACAGCCCAUACACAUUAAAGAGGACAAGGAGCCCCAGGCCCCCUGCAUUAAAGAGGAAGACGAGGAGCACAGCAUCAGCCAAGAUGGGGAAGAUCUUGAAGGACAGGAGGAGUUCCCAGUGAUUCAUGUUGUUGUGAAGAGUGAAGAUGAUGAAGACAAAGGUGAAAGUGAGGAGAAGAGAGAGGUGGAGCCUCCAAGCAGCAGCUCAACUCAACACAUGACAACAGAAGCUGAUGGAGACCACUGUGGAGGAUCACAAGCAGACAACCUCUUAGCUCCACUAUCAGAUAGUGACAACACAACGUCACACUCUCCUGACACUGAUGAUGAAGACUCUAAAGCUGAUAUGACAUGUCACACUGACAACACACACUUUAAAUGCUCUCACUGUGACAAAACCUUUAAUGACCGUAGUAAUAUGAAAAGACACAUGAGAAAUCACUCAGGUGAGAAACCAUUUAUGUGCUCAGUUUGUGGUAAACGAUUCUCUCAAAAGGCACAUUUGACAGCACACACAAGAAUACACACUGGAGAGAAACCUUUUUCCUGUUCAGUGUGUGGUAUAGGUUUUGUACGAAAUCAAGAUUUGAAAAUACACAUGAUAAUACACACUGGAGAGAAACCUUUUUCCUGUUCAAUCUGUGGCGUAGGUUUCGUAAGGAGUCAAUAUUUGAAAAGACACACAAGAAUACACACUGGGGAAAAACCUUUUACCUGUUCAGUGUGUGGUAUAAGUUUUAUACGAAAUCAGUGUUUGAAAAAACACAUGAGAAGACACACUGGAGAAAAACCACAUUCCUGUUCAAUCUGCAAUAAAAGCUUUUGUGACCGAACAACACUUCUAGCACACAUGAGAAGACACACUGGAGAGAAAGUGUUUAGUUGCAGUGUGUGUGGUGAAAGAUUCUCUUAUAAGUACCAGCUUAACAAUCACAAGUGUGCUGGUGAGAACAGCCGCAGUAAAUGAAGCUGCAGGACUUAUAAAUACACUACUGUAAUAAUCGAGACUUUGAUAACUUUGUCUUUCUAACAACAUCACCACAAAUGACGUGUGUGACAUCAUUGUGUGUAACACCAUCUUGUCAAUAUGUCUCUCCAAUAAAAAUAGAAAAAAAGUCUGUGACAGAAUG